GACUUGCGUGCGGUGUAGUGCAGACGUGUUACAAUUUUGUGCAAAGAAUUAAUAUAAUACACCGUUGUUAUAUUGUGGACCUUAUCACGAACAACUUAAAACUUAAAUCACAGUUACUAACAGUGCAUUCCUUAUCGCGUCCAAGCCGCGUAGUCUGCACUUUGAUCGCUCAAGCGCCACGGAGCUAUAAUGUCUACACUACAAUCAUCAAAUGGAGGUGGUAUUAGUGGCACCCGUGAACUCAGCGGAUCACAACCAAACCUCGCAGCAGGUGCUGAACCAGACUUACAAAGACCGAGUUUUCGUAACAAACGUAAACUGUCUGAUUCUUCUAGUGACAUUUUAACGGAAAUGGCAGAUUUAAAAAAGCAGAUGGCUGAAAUGAUGACCCUACUAAAAUCUUCCAGUAAAACUCUGACAGAAAAUAUAGAAAAGCUUUGCCAGGACGUGAGUACUAUUAAAAAUCAAAUUGGUAACAUAUCGAGCAGUAUUGACAUUAUGAGUGCCGAACAGAACCAGUUGAAGACCGACGUAAAAAACUUGACCACAUCCGUAACGGCCGCCGAAAAUAAAGUGAAGGUAAUAGAAACGGACCUCCAGUCACUUAGAUCAAGUGUUGCUCGAGCACCCAUGGCCUUGUCGCCUGACAGCUACAAUCAGCUCGUUGCUGAAUGUCAACAGCGAUCAAUUCGAGACAAGAAUAUCAUUAUAGUCGGUAUCCAAGAAGCAGGUCAGGACCUGGCUGCAGACAGGGAGGCCUUCGACAAAUAUGAAGUUGAAAAAAUUACAAAAACAAUAUAUAACGACUGUCCUGAACCUCUGCAGAUCAUUCGCCUAGGUAAAUACGUUGAAAACAAAGUCCGCCCAAUAAAGGCGACCUUCGCAUCAAAGGCUACAGUGAAAAACAUACUCCGAAAUAAAAAUAAAACUCACGAUGCUAAAAUAUACUCAGACCAAACGCCCUACCAGAGAGACUUUCUAAAAAGUGUACAAGAAGAACUUCAAGCUCGAACAUCCAAUGGUGAGACAAACUUAUACAUCAAAUAUGUAAAGGGCAUACCAAAAAUCUUAUCUUCACAGCCAAAAAACUAUGUACAAGGAACGGAGACGGAGACUCCGCCUGUGUAAAAUCAAACCCUUUAAAUACUAAUACGUCUAAUAUUACGUACCAGACUGCAACUGAAUAUACUGAAAUAGACACCACCAAAAAAUCACUAAAAUGUUUUUAUGCAAACGU